AUGCAGAACAACUUCUCCAGAGAAUCCCUUAGCGAUCAAUUGAUCAGUGCUCAAUACCGCGAUCGACAUCCACAUGGUGGCCAUCAUCAUCAUCAUCAUCGUUAUCCUCGUUUGAGUCGUUGUUGUCGUCGUCGUCUUGCGCCCCAUCACUCUUCACGAAGUUCAAAUGGAUUGCGAUUGCGUCCAUCUGCCGCACGUUCCCGUGAUCUUUCUGGGCGAUCGCAAACCACCAUUCCAGGAAGGAUAAGUUCUAUUGGAUCCAGUGGGAGAUGUAAUGCUUGCGGAAGUGGGAAUGAUUAUACAGUGUGGAUGGAUGAAAAUGGUACAUUGGACGAUUUUGGGUGGAUUCCAUACCAGCGAAUCUAUGAAAUAGGGAACUAUGAGGUUAUAGGUGAAAGUAUGCCGGCCCGUAUUGACAAUAAUAAUAAUAAUAACAACAGCAGCAACAGUAAAAGUAACAGUGAAAUAACGGAUAGUGAUGAUAAGAACAAGAAGAAACAAAAGAAGAAGCAACAGAUAGAGAAAGGGAAAACUAUUCUAUCUGGUGAUGAUAAUGGUAAGUUUCCACCAUCAUUAGAUAUUCCUUGGCAACUUCGUGAAGCUUAUGGUGAUACGAGGUGUAGUUACUUUGAUUUUCUGGGAACAAGAUAUUUUUGGUUUCUCAUUCAAUUUUCAGUGCGAGUGACAUUUGUGGGAAUGCUUAUCCCUGCUAUAUUAAUUGCAUUAAAAUUACAUGAUCCUCCUUAUAUCUCUGUUUACACAUUAUCAGGCGUUGUACUUGGUGUUGGAACCUCUGUUGGUCAAUCUGCAAGUUUCUUAAUACAAUUCCUACGGGCUGCCUGUUUAUGGUUACCACUUGCUACAUUCUGUAUAGCCGUAAAUCUUCGACGUUAUCUAGUUGUAUGGCUUAUAGUAUAUCUUUUGUUUUUAUUUAUUAUUGGAUGUAUCACUGCAAAUUCUACACGACGAAUGGGAUUAAUGUUAUUUAAUAUUGCCGUUGUGGCGCAUUUAGUAGGGGGUAAUACCAAUCUCAUUUCACCUUCACGUUUAUUAAUAGAAUGGCUUGUGGGUGCCCUUUUUGCCUUUGCGGCUACUUUAAUCCCCUAUCCACUUCUCUCCACAAGAUCUGCACGAUCAACCAAUAAACGUCUCUUUACAAAUUGUGCUACCGCAUUUCGUGGUUUAUUAUCUUGUUUCUGGGCAUCCUCUAAUAUUCAACGUAGUAUGGGUAUGGUCCGUAUACGGCGUGUAACCUCCUCUAUUGAUACCUUAUUAGCCAAAAUUAAUCAAACAGAGGAUUUCACCGUUUAUGAGUUUAUUGUCUUUGAUAGUUAUGAGAAACGUGAGGUACGAUUGCAAAAAACAGCAUUAGUGGAACAAUUAUGUCUUAAUUUACGCUCCAUGACUCGUGUGAUUGAUAUUGUUCAGGAUAAUCCGAGUAUUAUUGAUGGAUCUUCGCGUUGUACGGAGUUUGGGGCGAGUUUAUCACGAUCUAUGGAAAUUAUCUCACGUGCGGUGGAGGAACUCUUUCAUGGUCUCUCUAAUGCCCAAAAAUGGAAAGAUCUUUAUGAGUUAGAUCCACUUUUUCAUAACUGUGCAAGAACGAUAAAAAAAUUACAGGAGGAAUUUGCGGAUGCGAGUCGUGUACUUUUUUAUGAACGAGACUCUUCACAGGAAAUGGAAGAGUUUAUACCACUUAUGACUUUUUUUGUCUUUUCUGUUGUAAACUUUUGGUAUGCAUUAGAUGAGUUUCAUCGGCAUAUACGUUUAGAGCAGUCCACCUCUGCCCGAUCCACACUUCGACUUCUCUGGCAGGGUUUGUGGGAUCCCAUUUGGGAAACUCUUUGUUUCUUACGUCGUCUCUUUACGAAACCUACAAAACCAGAUUUACGAGUUGUGGUGGAAUCUGCUAAAGUAAGUGUGGCGAUGUUAAUAGCGGUUUUAUUCUUUUACUAUGUUCGACCACAGUUAUUACUCUUAUCUGGUCCUUCUGUGAUUGCUAUUUUUUCAGGUACCAAUCCUGUAGAGGCGGUACAGGCUUCGAUUAUGCGAUUAAUUGGUACAUUGGUAGGAUCUAUCAUUGGUUUCUUUGCCGCCUCUUUAAGUGAUACUGUGGUUGAUCACAUUGUAAGUCUUUGUAGUAUUACAGCCGUAUUAACAUUCUUUCGAACAGGUGAGAAAUAUGGUUUAUUAGCUAUGUAUGCAAACUUUGUGGCAGUAACGAGUUUAUCUUUAGUAACUGUUUCUACAGCAGAUAGUGUAAUAGGUCGUAUGCAGCAGAAUGCGUUUGCUAUUAUGAUUUACUGUCUUAUUACAAUUCUUGUAUUUCCAGUAAGUCCUGGGGAAUUACUGAUGAAGCGACGUAUGAAAGUCCUACGCUCUGUUAGUUCCAUAGUGGGUUCUAUCAUGACAUUUUACAGUAAACCAACAGAAAAAGAUAUCCAAAAACAAAAUAAAUCCAAUAAUAUUAACUCUCACCCUACAGAUCAUUGUACUAUACAAGUGGAAGAAGAUGGAAGUAACCUCAAUAAUCAUAGUCAUCAUCAUCAUCAUCAUCUCUUCUUUAACAACCACAGUAGCAACAAUAGUAGAGGUGGUAGUCAUGAUUUUGGUUUACUGAAUAGUCGUCCAAUGGCGUUUGUUAGUGCCCCAGAAGGCGAUUCACGCAUCCCUGUUCUUUUUACUGAAGUAAAUAAAUUAAAAAGUAUUUUACGUAGCACUGUCAAGAUUAUGCCUUUCGCAGCAGAUGAACGUGGUAUUAUACCACGUGUUUAUCCACAAAAAGCCUGUGAGGCUAUUAAUACUGCCCUUUUUCGUAUAUUUGCCCUUGUUUAUACAAUGGCGUGUAGUUGGAAACUCAUGUUUGAAAAAGGAUAUUUUACAGCAGAGGUUCGUCGAAUCCUGCAUUAUAUUUCUCCCAUUGCCAGUGAUAUUCAAUAUAGUCUACAACGAUUUGUAAAUAUUCUUUCCUUCUAUGUGGAACACCCUAAUUCCUCACUUGGACCUGAGUUGGCAAAGUGUCUUAUGGAACUUCGUGCUCUUAUUAAUGAGUUUGCAGAGAGGGAACAUCAUGCUAUACUCACAGUUAUCUCUGAGGCGGUGGAAGUUCAAAAAGAGUUAAAUAACUUGGCCCGGGAGAGAGAAGGACAUGAUGGAAAUAUUAUUAAUAAUAUUAAUAUUAAUAAUGAUAAUAAUAAUAAUAGUAAUAAGAAUAAUAAUAAUAAUAAUAAUAUUGUUAACAGUAGUAAUGUGGAUGGUCGUGAAGGAGUGUUGAGUCCCGAAGAUCAAGAAGCCUCGUUGAGAACAGAAGAGUGGCGUUUACAGAACAAUUCACAACUGGCCGAAAACACAACGCAGAUCUUUACAAACACGCAUUUACCGCAUGAACAGAGAGCACGCAGACGAACAAGUCCAUUUGGAGAUAACUUGAGAGAAUGUGUAGGACCUCAACGAGACCAAAAGGAUGAAAGAGAACUUCAAAAUAUUCCCUCUACUAUUGUUCCCAUGCGUGCAGUAAGUGAGGCUGGUUCAGAAAUUACUUUACACGAUUCCGACGACGGGUCUAAUCCGAACUCUUCGCAAGAGUCUGUGCACUUUGCAGAGGGAUUUACAGCUCCCAUCACAGUACAUGAUGCGGAGGGUCUUCACACUGUGACACUUUCUCUUGAGAUGAUGGGAAAAGAACUGAAGAGAGCCCUCCUCGCCUUUGAACAGAUGGUGCAGGUCAAGGAUUAUUGA